UUGUGAAAGGUUCAGAGUUCAUUCUGGUUCACGUGGUUUAAAAUGGCUGCGCCCUUCACUAAAUAAUGAUACAGAAGAAAAUAUUGAAACAGCUACACGUUAAACCCCACCAAAGAAGAAGAAACAGCUAAACGUUUGCAGCACAUAGCUACACUAGAGCUGAAACAUCGCCAAGGAAAUCUUUCUGAAGAUGUCAGAAAACAGCAAUGUCGUUGUACAGAAAGGCACCAGCCGCACAGUUCCCAGAGCUCUGAUCAUUCAAAUGAUGGCGGAAAAUUUCGAACGGUUGCCUGAACUUGACAGGAAAAUCUUCACCUAUGGCCCCAUGUACCUGGGAGGUAAUGGGGCAUUUGCAGGACUGAUCGCCAACAGCUUAUACAGGAGAGCACUGAAUGUCACUCAAGGGCGUUUUACAUCAAAUCUCCCAAUGGCUGUCCUACCAUUCUUGACAACAGUGGCCAUGUAUAAUGUAGCUGUGUCCAAACCAUUAUUGUCUGGUGACCUUAACUGUCCAACCUGUGUCCUGAUAAGAGGUGCCCUUGUCGGCGCAGUUGGUGCUGGUGUAUAUCCUAUUCUGUUGGCUUUGCCUGUGAAUGCAGGCCUUGCAACCAGGUACAACACUGCACCAUUGCCAGAAAAGGGAAACGUCCUCCGUUUUUGGAUGAACAUUACCCAACCCAUCUUGAGGAAAAUGGGUGUUGUGAUAGUACUACAGGUGUUCUUUGGAACCUACCUAAGCUCCAGACACUUUGACAGCUACUUGAAAUUGAUUCAGUUGUCUGUCUCAAAUGGCGAGGAGCUUCAGGAUUAAAAGUUUCUAACAAACCUAAAUGUUCUGCAUUAUUUUCUUCAGUCCUUGAGUUACACGUACAAACAUCUGGAUAAUCAUAAUGUAAUGACUAAAUUAUAUCGAUGCCAUCGCUGGAAUAAAUAUUGUAUAUGCAAUGUCAAAGGGCAAAACAAAACCAUGGGAGUACUGCAGAUAGUAAUUUUUGCAAUGAGGUCGUUUACGGCUGUAUCGGAAAGUAGAGGCCCAUUCAUAACUAAUUCCAAGUAGAUGAUAGCGUUCACACUGCAACGAUAAAAAACAGGCUUAGACAUUUUUCCAAUCACAUAAGUAUUCAGACCAUUUACUCAGAACUUGGAAGCACCUUUGGCAGCGAUUACAGCCUCGAGUCGUCUUUGGUAUGACUCUACAAGCUUGGCACACCUGGAUUUGGAGAGUUUCUCUCAAGCUCUGUCAGGUUGGAUGGGGAGCAUCGCUGCACAGCUAUUUUCAGGUCUCUCCAGAGAUGUUCGAUUGGGUUCAAGUCCGGGCUCUGGCUGUGCCACUCAAGGGCAUUCAGAGACUUGUCCCGAAGCCACUCCUGCGUUGUCUUGGCUGUGUGCUUAGGGUCAUUGUUCUGUUGGAAGGUGACCCUUUGCCCCUAGACUGAGCUCUCUGGAGCAGAUUUUCAAAGAUCGUUCUGUACUUUGCUCUGUUCAUCUUUCCCUUGAUCCUGACCAAUCUCCCAGUGUGCCGCUGAAAAACAUCCCCACAGCAUGUUGCCACCACCAUGCUUUGCAGUAAUAUUUCGGUAUCCUUCCCCACAUCUGUGCCUUGUCACAAUCCUGUCUCUGACAUGCACUGUCAACUGUGGGACCUUCUUAUAUAGACAGGUGGGUGCCUUUCCAAAUCAUGUUGAAUUUACCACAGAUGGGCUCCAAGUUGUAAAAACAUCAGAUUGAUCAAUGGAAACAGGAUGCACCAGAGCUCAAUUUCAAGUCUCAUAGCAAAGGGUCUGAAUACUUAAGUUUAU